AUGGAUGGUCCAAGCACAAUAUCCCUAUCUCCUCUUGCAACCUCGUAUACGAAGACAGAGGGGGACACUCUUAGAGACAUUACCUGCUCCACAGUUUGUCACCCAGAAUGUGCGUACACUUGGUCGAAGGUCGGCACUACUGGAACGAUACGGAACAAUGCACUCUUAAAUUUAGGUCAGCUAUCAAGACAAGAGGCAGGGUCCUACAUAUGUAUAGCUACAAAUCCAAGAUCGUCCGUUACACAGAAUGGGCCCACAGUGGAUGUGAAGGUCAUAUUCGGCCCGAAUACGGCGUUAAUAAACCCAUCUAAUAUGAACUACACGAUAAACGAGAAUCAGCCCAUCAUCACGAUAGUUUGUAGUGCCACCUGCUAUCCAACCUGCACAUUUAGUUGGAAAGAGACGACACCCACCCUUUCCUCCGCGUCUGACAAUCACAACCUAGCACUUAGUGAGGUAACGAGGGAAGAGGCAGGAACCUACCAGUAUGGACCAGAUACAGCUGCAUUGAGCGUAAUUUCAAAGUACACAGUGACAGAAGGCGACACUCUCCUGAACGUUACCUGCUCAUCUCACUGCUGGCCUGGAUGUUCCUACACCUGGAGAAAUGUGACAAACAACGCUAUCAUGUCUCGGAAUAGAAGUCUGAUGUUUGGUCCUAUCGACCGCUACAUGACAGACACAUACAGAUGUGAUGUUGCCAAUAUCUACACGCCCUACACUAAAACAGCUAGAAGUGAAUUUCAGCUUCUUGCACAAUAUGCGCCUGACGUAUCUAUCGUUCAAUCAACGUUAACAUUGACGGAAGGUUCAACGCUGAUCCUCACUUGUUCAGCCAAUGGUUAUCCAUCCCAAUAUACAAUUACUGGCUUUAAACAGACAGUCGGGACAAUUACGAUUCCAAACGACAACACGGAAGCGGCAGGCGUCCGGGAUAAUAUUUCUGUGAGGAUUCCUUACAAUAUAUUGCAGGACACGGGGCUGUAUACAUGCAUGGUGCAUAAUAAUGUCAAGGACAUCGAUGGGAAUUUGUUACAGACUGAUUCGACACAGAUAGAUGUUAAAGUUAAACCACGUAUAUUUCUUGCCGAGGAUCGUUUCGCAGGACCAACAGGAGGACAGGUCAGCAUCUCGAUACCGAUAUAUAGCAAUCCAGUGUUCACUAAUUAUGGUGUUCAACGAUAUGAUGGCUUCAACUUAAUUGAAGAUAGCAAAUACAAAUUCACAGAAAACGAUGCUUCAAUCCAAACGCAGUUUUAUGGAAGAUAUGUUACUCUCAACGGACGUGUAUUGCAAAUGACUAUUCAAAACCUAACUGAAGUUGAUUUUGGAGAAUACACGUUUUGGAUAAGUAACGAAAUUGGGAGCACGUCUGCUUCUGUAACACUGAGUGCAAGAAGUAUACCUUCACUACCAACCCAGUUAAAUGUUGCUGUUCUGGAAAAAGUGCCAGUCUUUGUAUGGAAUGAAGGAUUUAAUGGAGGCUAUGUACAAACGUUUUUGCUACAAACAUCGUCAACAUCGCAUGAACAUCUCUGGACCAAUCGAACUUCGAUUUUAGAAACUGAUAACGUCUACAUCAGUAGUACAGGUUUUUAUCGAGUUAAUAUAACAGGAUUAGAAGUUGGACAUUUCGUGGCCAGACUCAUUGCAUACAACGAACUCGGUAAUGCGGAUCCGGUCAGUUUUCAACCAUUCGAGAUCAUAAAAAUAUCGGCUAAAGAAAACAUUAAUCCAAACCAUGUUCCGGUUAUUGGUGGCGUAGUUGGUGGAAGUCUCGGGGUAGUUGUUGUUGUUGUUGUGAUCGUCUUAGUGUUCAUUCUGAGACGAAAGUACACAUUGAACUGUUCCUUUAACAUGUCCCUAUCGAAGAAAGAAGAUGUAGAUUCAAAUCAACUUAGAAAUAAUGCUGACAAUGCAGGUUAUAACGCUGCAGAAACAUACGAAGUUGUGUCAACGAUGAAAGAGACGCCAAACUACGAUGUUUUAAAUGUUGGAAACGAAAGACCCGACAAUACGCAUUUGUACACGCCGCUGGAUGAAUCCAAUUCCAAAUCCCAUAUUUACUACGAGAAUGUUAAGAAAGAGGACCCUAUGUACACCAACACGGUGCUGAAGAACCCAGUGCAGACAGUGUUUUGA